AUGUUUCAAGAGAACAAGUGGAGUUACUUCAAGAAAGCUGUGGAUGAUUAUGCAGAGAUGAAUACAAGACCAUUACAACCUCCCAAUUGCCGAGAAAUCAAGCACUAUGUCCUGUCGUUAAGUGAUGCACCAAGCCCCCAUGAAGGCAACCACGGCCCCAAGCAAUAUAGGUCAGUUAGGGCACAAAGCCCCAAGGAAUCUGUCCCAAAUAAUGCACCAAAACCAAGCCCUAAGCAAUCUUUCAGAUUAUUUACGCACAUAACAGUGUGUAUCUUCGCAUAUCUUCUCUAA